UCAAGACGAGAGAUGCUCGCGCGAAAGAUUCCCUUCCGCUCCAUUCGAUGGCUACCUCCAACAAUGACACUCAGCAAAGGAGGGACAGUCUCCUUCAGUAUCAUGACAAUACGCUCAUCCAGGAUGAGCUCCACCACCAUGCGUAGAUUGACUCUCUUGUUAUCAUGGCUGCUAAUCAGUCUCCCAUUAGCUUCCAGCGAGAUUCGAGAUUUCCGAGUGACUUUGGAGCCGACUCGACUGUUGUGCACUUCUCGGAAGGCUUCUUGGUGGCUCCAGGGUACAUUGACUUGGAGAACUAAAGUUCUCCACGAUGGACGAAGGGUCUUAUCCCGAGGAUUUUGACUUUGGCGACACAGAUGACAAGGCGGAUCCUUCGGAGAUGAUGAUACGGUGGGGGUAGAUGAUGAUACCAAAGAUACUAGUACCCCUGCGGAGGAUACAGCCGGUGCUACUACGGGUAGCAACGAAGAUAACAACAAUAAUUCCACGGACGGAGGUGGACGACGACAACUAGCCGAACCUGCCAUUACCAUGCUGGAUAUUGCCGUCAUGCAUUUGCCAGGCUCUUGUGCCAAUACUCGAUCUGGUUGCGAUUGGACGGAUUUUGGAAUUGGCUCGAAAUCGGCCGAUGGGGAUGUCCGAUGGUGCUGCUCCCAAGAUGCCGUGGAGCUGGGUCUCUGUGAUGGAGGAGACAAGUAUGGUCGUUUGAUUGUCAACAACACGCAGUUUACCGGAUCCCAUCGCUUUGUGGAAAUUCCACCCACGGGACAAAUUUCCGAUGAGAUUCGAUAUGGGAAGAUUGAAGAACCCAAUGACUCGGGACGCUAUGUCGUCAUUUUUGCUAAUUGCAACGACGAAGGAAGAGAAGUCCUCGUGACGGGAGCCACCGUGUGGAAGUCUAAACAUGGAUAUCUGCCGGGAGAAUUGUACGAAUUCAUGUACUUUUACAUUAUUGUCACCUUGAUCUAUUUUGGACUCAUGGCGGCAUUUGCUCUGAGCAUGAAUGCUUAUGCCGCCUCGAGGAUUCCACUCGAAAAAUGGAUUCUCGGCACCAUCAUUAUGGGAUUGCUGGAAACCUUCUUCCGGACCGGAUCAUUUUUUGUCUGGAAUGAAGAUGGAACCAAUCUCAUGAUUGCCGUGUACAUUGGCGUCUUUAUGGGAGUGCUCAAAUGUGGUAUUUCCAGGUGUCUGAUCGUCAUGGUCAGUUUGGGAUGGGGCGUCGUGCGAGAUACCCUCGGUCCCACGCUGCCGAAAAUUGUGGCGCUGGGCAUCUUUUACGUGGGAACGUCGUCUGUCACUGAAUUCAUGACUGUCAUUGCUGUCGAGGAUGUCCAGACAUUGAGCUUGGAGGAAGAGGAUGAACUGUUUGAUGUGGUCGAGAUCCUCUCCUUCGUCGUCUUUGUCGUGGAUGUCAUUUUUGUCUUGUGGAUUUUGGACGCCCUCAAUUCCACGAUGGAAUACCUGGAAAGCAUGAACCAGACUCGAAAAUUGAUGCGAUACUUGCGAUUUCGGUGCAUCUUUCUCUUUGCCAUUCUUUUCUCGGUCGUGUGGGUUGUCUUUGAUCUUGUCGAUUCCUAUGACGAAGACGGUAUCCUGGAGGAGCAGCAUGAAUGGAUUGUCCUUGCUGCCAAGGAACUCAAUUAUCUAUUCCUUCUGAUUGGAAUCGCCGUUCUCUGGUGGCCCAACCCAACCGCACGAGAAUACGCCUAUGUUAUGGAGCUUCCUUCCUUGGCUGAAGGGGACGGGGAAAACGAAUUGGAACUCACGGGAGUUGUGCCCUCUGCUCUCGAUGAGUACGAUGACCAUGGAAUGAAUGGCAAUGGAUUACACAGCGACUUUGACAAAGAGUUCAAGUAAAAGAGAUGCAAACUACACUACCCGGUCGCAGGCAAUUUAGAACAGAGUGUGGCAGCACCAUGAACCAGCACAAGUGACUACUACAUCAACUUGAAUAAUAUCACCAAAACAACAUGCAAUCUAAAAUGAUUCGGACUACUACU